AGUUGACUCUAAGUCCUAAAUUCGGGCGCCUCAUGUUUUGCUGGGACCGGUCUGUUGGGCAUGGCGUUAGAUCAGCCGGCGCGGUGCCGACAUUGUUGUAGGUGGGACCUGGGCCUUUGAACCUGGCCGCUUCUUGCAUUCAACCGGCGGGGCUCUUUAUUACUUUCUUGUCUCCGCGGGAUCGCCCUUCCCAGGCUUCUGAAUAAGAAGUCGUAUAACCAAGGGAACGGCUGAUAUGACAGAAAUGCAGAUGGACCAAGCUCUGGCCAAACAACUUUUUUUUGAAGGUGCCACAGUUAUAAUUUUGAAAAUGCCAGAAGGAACUGAGUUUGGCAUUGACUACAACAGUUGGCAAAUUGGUCCCAAAUUCUGUGGAGUCAAGAUGAUACCGCCAGGCAUUCAUUUUUUUCAUUACAGCAGUGUUGACAAAGACAAUAGGAAAGAAAGUGGUCCUCGUACUGGUUUCUUCUUAAACUUGCAACAACGUGAUUUAAAGAUAUUACACUGGGACAAACAAAAAGAAGAAGUAGACCUCACCCCAGCUUCUGAAAAUGAGUCUGAAGCCAUGAGAGCCAAUCUCAAAGAGAUGGACAAAUGUUUGGGUCCAUAUCCAUAUAACACCCUUAAAAAAUGGGUCUCCCUCACUAAUUUUAUUAAUGAAUUUGUGAUGCAAAAGUUGCAGCCCGAAAAUGGACAGAUAUGUGCCUUUUCUGAAGUGUUGCCCGUUCUGCCUGGAAAAUAUACUAAAGAUCGAAUUGAACAGAAGCUACCCCAGUAUGACACAGAAUGCAAAAGUUAUGCAGAAGGACUGGCCCGGCUUCCUAAAAUGCAGCUGAAGCCUGGCACUGAGAUCAGAUUCACAAAAAUACCUAAACAAAUGUAUCCUGAAGGUGCCACACCUGAGGAAGUUACCAAGCACAGUAUAGAUCUCAGUUAUGCUCUAGAAACAGUGAUUAAUCAACACUAUGCCAGCAAUUCCAAGGAUGUGCUUGGGGAGCUACAGUUUGCCUUCAUCUGCUUCCUGAUUGGGAAUGUAUAUGAUGCAUUUGAGCACUGGAAAAAACUCCUGAAUCUCUUGUGCAGGUCAGAGGAUGCCAUAGUGAAACAUCAAGCCUUGUUCAGCAAUCUCAUUUCUAUCCUGUACCAUCAGCUCAGUGAAAUCCCAGCUGAUUUCUUUGUAGACAUAGUAUCCCAAGACAACUUUUUAACAAACACUUUGCAGGUGUUCUUUUCUUACACUUGUAAUCCAGCUGUUGACAGGACUCUGAGGAAAAAGGCAGAAAGAUUUAAAGCCCACCUAACCAAGAAAUUCAAGUGGGACUUUGAGACUGAUCCAGAGGACUGUGCCCCCAUAGUUGUUGAACUACCAGAAGGAACAUUUGUGGACUGAACAUGGCUCUAUUUUUUUUAAUAUUACAGUAAUUUUCCAGUAAUAUGUUUCGGCUAUGAAACAUAUUCAUCAUAUUUUGCUUCUUUUUGUACAUACAGAACUGUGAGAUCAAAUAUUGUAGAAAGAUUUUUUUUAUCCUUGUAGAAAAAGUAGACAAGUUUGUAUCUAGUCUGCCCUCGAAAUGAAUUUAUUCUCACAUUGUUCUUGAGUCUUGGAUAACAAAGUUAGGCUUAUUUCACUGUGAACAUGAAUACUGUAACAUGUUUUGAACAAUAUUGAACAAGGAAAUAUUAAAUGUUACUGUUUGAGUUAGUCCAGUAAUAAUGGUUUUCAUUGAUUUUAAUUUGUGAUGGAACUUUCGACUGCAUUGGAGCUCUUCUCAUUCCAUCAGUUUUAUUUCAUCUACUCCUAGCUUUUCUUAACUUUUUUAAAGUAUAAAAAUGCAAAGUGAGUUAUUGUGAAUUGAAAGAAAAAGGUUGUGUUUUAACUUCACAAUAUUCUGUCUAAGUUGUUUCUAGAAAGCUACAUUGAAUGUUCUCCAUUCUUUUUUUUUUAGUAUGUCCUCUCAGGACAGGCUGCUUUCUGCUGUUACUUCACAGGAAUGAAAAUGUUAUAAAAUAGCCUGGAGCAAGCAGUAGGGCCUCUUAUCUUAUAAUGUUUUCUCUGGGGUGCAGGAUGCUGUUAAAUUUUUCAAACAUUCCCUACUAUGUGAAGAUUUAGCUUGCUUAUUUCUUUUCAGCCUAUAAGGCUCCUUCAAGGAUUGCUAUGCCUAUGUAACAAAAUAACUUGCAUUACUGUUCAACACAAUAAAACUGCCUAUAUAAGUUUUGCCUAUGAA